AUGAACUCAAAUAAGCUAUCUGUGCUGUCACUCAAUUGCUGGGGUCUCAAUAUAGUGUCCAAGAAGAGACGAUUCCGUCUUUGCGCUAUUGCCGAUGCCAUUAGUAAUACCGAUUACGACAUUGUCGCUCUCCAAGAGCUAUGGAUGCCCGAAGACUUUGAAUACCUAAAGCAGCAAACGCAAUCCAUGUUGCCGUAUGCAAAGCUGUAUUACAGUGGAGCCCUUGGCAGUGGUCUUGCUAUUCUUUCUCGAUUCCCCAUUGUAUCAACGUCCUAUUCUCGUUACACCCUGGCUGGCAGACCACUCAAGAUCUUUCAUGGUGAUUUUUAUGUGGGAAAAGGCUAUGCAUCGGCAUGUAUCGAUCAUCCUGAUAUUGGCAUCAUUGAAGUAUUCAAUACACAUUUGCAUGCAGGAUAUGGUGAUGAAACCGAAUACGAGGGUCAUCGAUUAUCAGAGACAUGGGAAUUGGCACGUCGAUUGCGUGCAUCGGCUGCUCAAGGGCGUCAAGUGAUUGUGUCGGGUGAUUUCAACAGCGUACCUACGAGCCACAACUAUCAACUUUUGAAAUUACACGCUUUCAUGACCGACUCUUGGAUGCAAGCCAAUCAACAACAGCGGCAGAACGAUGAAAUCGAUAGCGAUGACAUGAUUCAGUAUGAAGGCAUCACUUGCAACUCACCCAUGAAUUCGUGGAGCAAGAACAAGGCUGGAUUGGGAGAUCGAUUGGAUUACAUUUUCUAUCGAAUGACACCACAGCUACAAUGCAUCCAUUCCAAUGUUGCCAUGACAGAGUAUAUCCCAGGAACCCAAAUGAGCUACUCCGAUCACUUUGCUGUACAUUCUACCUUUGCUGUUCACACCCAUGCAACUUCACAACCAUCAUCAUCAUCACCCACUAUUCAUCAUGACUUGAGUCAUCCAGCACAUACGAAUUUGGAUUGCAAAAUGUUGGGACAAAUGCGUGACAUUUUCAAGCGUGAUCAAGAAGAUACCCGAAAGACUGCCAACAUGCUCUUGGUGUUAUUUGUCGUGGCACUUUUAUUGGUGAUUUUCAUUUACGCUGUGCUAGUGGCUUUACCAACGACGCUGCAACAACAUUAUGACGGCAAUUUGGUGACAUUAUUGGUGACCUUACUUGGCGGCAUAUGCGUGAUUCUUAUGGCAGCCUUUGCAACCGUGUGCCUGAUUGUUGGAUUCGUGUUUGGUCGUACAGAACAACGUGCAUUAAGACAAUUUGUAGCCGAUGCUGAUACGUUAAUGAGUGCGAUCCAAAGACGCAAUCGCCAUCCAUCCCCAUCCCAUAGACAUGACUCUUUGUUGCCCUUGGAUACCGAAUAG